AUGAGCACUUCCCACCAGCCGGUUGUGCCACUUCCCGCCCAUGCAACCACAGUAUCGACCAGCACAGCCCAAAAGAAUGCUCGCUCGGUCUACCCCGACAUGCUAGGUUCACCCCCUGUCCCUCCCCCGAGGACCUCGUCAACACACCACAGCCGACGCAGCCCGAACGGAGAAAAGAGUAGUUCUCGACAAGGCAAGAGCAGGUCCGAUCGAAAAGAAAACCGCUCUCGCACCCGCGAAGACCGAAAUGGUCGAUCAAGGCGGCAGCCCGAGGAGUCAUCACGCGAACCACAACAAUCGAGGACCGCACCGAUCGCAGCCCCGGCACAAUCGGAAGCAGAUGGUGUCCCUGAAGGCGACUUAGUAAGAGAACCAAGUGCGGUCAUCAGUUCGAUGUUCGCCAGUGACCCCAUUGUCGAUCAAGAAAGAGAGCAGGUGCGACAAGCUGACGUGGAAAAUGCCUCCUCGUCUGGUUUUGCGACUAAUGACGGCACCGAAGAAGCUCGCGGACCUCGGAGUCGUCACGAUUACGCCAAUAAUGGAAACGUGGUCAAACGCAAGGAAACCACUUUUGGCUCUUACAUCCUCGGUCAAACUCUGGGAGAGGGAGAAUUCGGAAAGGUCAAACUGGGCUGGAAGCGCGAUGGCAGUAUCCAGGUUGCUAUCAAACUUAUUCGAAGAGACACAUUGGGACACAAUCCGAGCAGGUUACCGAAGAUUUACCGCGAAAUCGCCAUUCUACGCGAGCUAGCACACCCUAACAUUGUGCGCCUUCACGAGAUGGUCGAGACCGAUCGCCAUAUUGGUAUCAUCAUGGAAUAUGCAUCUGGGGGCGAAUUGUUCGACUACAUCUUGAACAACCGGUACCUCAAGGAUAACUCGGCGCGCCGGCUGUUUGCUCAGCUGGUUUCGGGAGUCGGAUAUCUUCACAAGAAGGGUAUUGUGCAUCGCGAUCUCAAGCUGGAGAACUUGCUACUUGAUCGGAACCGCAACAUUAUCAUCACGGAUUUCGGUUUCGCCAACACGUUCGACCCGGUUGACCCGCUUGACGAAGAGAUCGAAUACAACCUGACCAACAAGGAAUAUGUGAAGCGAAAGCGACUAGACAAGACUGGUCCUAAUGGUUUACGGCGAGGAGACUUGAUGCAGACAAGCUGUGGCAGUCCGUGUUAUGCAGCUCCAGAGCUUGUUGUGAGCGAUUCCCUGUACACGGGGCGGAAGGUGGAUGUUUGGAGUUGUGGUGUGAUUUUGUACGCUAUGCUGGCUGGAUAUCUUCCUUUCGAUGACGACCCUGCGAACCCGGACGGCGACAACAUCAAUCUUCUUUACAAAUACAUCGUCACCACCCCUCUCACAUUCCCCGAAUAUGUUACACCCCACGCGCGUGAUCUGUUGCGACGGAUCCUUGUUCCCGAUCCUCGGAAACGCGCAGACCUCUUCGAAGUUGCUCGACACAGCUGGUUGAGCGAAUUCUCCAAUAUUGUGUCUCACAUUACAAGCAGCACAACUAACGUCGUGGACAUUGCCAACACAACGGUUUCGUCUGGGACACCAAAGGAAGCACCGCCUCUCGUCCGCAGUGCUUCUGUGCGUGAGCCACCAAAGACCGCGCAAAGUAAUGUUCCAGCUGUCGGUGGCCUCAGCCAUCACGCCGGAGACGUGUCACAAGAUCCACCAACAGAGAAGUCCCGGACCCCCCGCGAUGCCAAACGGAGAACAGUGCAAGUCGAGUAUGUCGCGCCUCAGUCACAGACAACUCGCGGGGAACCUCCAGUGGAGAAACCGCCAUCACGCAGCAGAAUCCCCGUGCCUUCGGAGGCUCAAAAUGCUGUUCCUACGCAGCAAUAUGCUGAAACAGCGCACAAACCUACGGAAGCUCCAGCACUCAACCUUAACAAACCACUACCAGGACACUUCCCGCGUUCCACCUCGGACAAUGCAGCUCUCACUGGUACACAGUCGGCUGCGAUUCCCCAAGGCACAAGACCAGCCACUGGUGGCUCUAUGAAUUCCUUCGGCAACACGGGUCGCCUGCCAUCUCGCGGCUCUUACGGCCAGCCCGUGGCUCCUACUGUGACCGCAACCAAUACCCAGGGUAGUUUGGCCCAACCUAAGAGCAGACAGUUUGCUCUGGCACAGGAGCCAAUUCACGCAUCUACUUCGACUGUCAGCCGCCCCAGUACUCAAAACCAACAAUUGCCUCCUACUUUCAACACCACGCCUCGACAGGAGCCGCCGAAGGGCCACAAGAGGUCCAACACUGUGUCUAGCCUGAGCGACAAAUUGUUCGGACGUUCUAGCUCGAUUCUUGGUGGCCGCGGGACACAAACAAAUGCCCCUCGGACGAAACAGGAUAAGCGUUAUCCCCCUGUCAGUAUGAAGGAACCACUUGGAAGGGAAAACUCGAGGAUGUCUGUGGAUUCUCGUCGCUCCAUGCAGACUCCUCACAACCGCAAAGCCAGCGAAUCUGGCGCCGAAAACCGCCCUCGUCGAUUCUCACUUUUGCCACAAUCCUUCUCCUUCCGAGGAUUCGGCACCACUCGGGCUCAGACUCCAGAAGAAGCCCCGCCAAGCCCUGGCCCUGUUGACCCCUAUGGCCCACAACGCCCAGCGACAGGCCCUGCAAGUCCUGCGCAAGGUGAAAGCUAUGGUCGUGCACGCGCGACAAGCUACAGUGCUCAGGAAGCCAUGGGACCAGUCAGCGAGCGGGCUGGUGAGGAUGAUCGCCAUCAAAUUGAGCCACUCAGCUAUGAGGCUCAAAUCGAUCAGCAGUUCGCUGAUCUCGGAACUCAAUUCGAUCACCCGAACGAUUCCUCCUUCGGUAUACCCUCUGCUGAGCAGGUCUACCAAAACUCUGCGGAUCAAUACUCACACCACAAUCAAAGUUACGGAUCAAAACCCAGCUACUACGACGACUACAACUAUGACAGUGCCCCUCGGCAGUCAACACAGGUUAGUCGGCCAAACCGUGGACCGGGAGUUUUACAAAAGAACCACCGCAAAUUUGCCGACGCCUACGAGUACGAGCGUGACGGGUCUCACCACUCCGGUAGCUCUGGGGCAGCCCGCAAAGUCAUGGACUUCUUCCGCAGACGUGCCAAGUCUAGGGCUGGCGAUGACCGUUGA